GUUCAGUUAGUUCAUCAAGACGAAUUCAACGAUAAAUUAGUCACCAUAAAAUUAUCGUGACUAGUUUAUCCUUGAAUUCCCCCACACGGUUCCGCCUUAUAUUUGACUUGAUAUAUUGAUAGCAAUGGGGACUAACCUCCCCAUUACUAACAAUCCCUUCCCCUUUCUCUCCGGGAUUAGUAUACAGUAACGUGUACCGUUACUAACGCUUAAGUUAAAACGUGAAAUAAUGUAGGUAUAUAAUGAUUCAUACGGGCGAAACCGCGGGUACUUAGAAUUUUCAAUCUACCUCAAAUAGAAGGUACGGUUGUUUUUUUUUUUUUUUCUGUUGACUUGUUUGUAAAUGGUUGCAUAAAUUGAUUUGUUAGUAUUGUAGUGCUGCCUCUUAAAUGAUACGAUGCUUAAUCGCUUACUGCACUCUACCUGAUUGUUAGUAUAAUACAAGCUAGUUUGGCGCAAGUAAACGAGAAGUUGGUCAUAAGUAAACGGGGAGAGUCUCAGAAAAAGAAGAUAGAGUUAUAUGUUACUAUGCAAGAUUACGCAAGCAACAACGACCAUUCAGAGGAUGAAGACGUCAAAGUUAGGGAUGGAAAAAUGGGUUAUUAUUUCCAGCAGAAUCGUGUGCCGAAUUUCCCGUUUUUCAUGUCGUACGAGAAAAGAAUGAUGAAUGGAUUUCAAAAUGAACAGAGAUCAGGCUCUGAGGAUAUAAAGAGGGCGAGUCCAGGGAGCGUGAGAAGUGAAGUGGACAGUGACGGUGUGGAUGACAGGGCGCACGAAUCCCUGAGUCCACAGUCGGAACAAAUGACAAAUAAUGGUUCAGCACCUGAUCCCAAUAUAAGGAGAUACCGCACUGCGUUCACACGAGAGCAGCUCGCGAGGCUCGAGAAGGAAUUUAUGAAGGAGAACUACGUGUCGCGGCCCAGACGCUGCGAACUGGCCGCACAGUUACAACUGCCAGAAUCGACAAUAAAGGUGUGGUUUCAAAAUCGUAGAAUGAAAGACAAACGCCAGCGUAUUGCCGUUGCUUGGCCUUACGCGGCUGUCUAUAGUGAUCCAGCCUUCGCAGCCUCUAUACUCCAGGCUGCUGCAUCCUCAGUUGGACUUCCAUAUGGGUAUCCAUCACCGGCCCUAAUUCCCCCUUUCCACAAUCCCCAGCUUUUACCCGCGGGGUACCCUUACCCAUAUCCCCCAUACCCACGAUACCCAUACAUUCCUCCAACCCCUCCAUCCCCCGUUAACGCUGAAACAUCAUCCCUAAGGCCUACAUAUCCUAAUUUCAAUAUGAACGUUGACAAAUAAAUUUAUAAUUUUAAAUUUUGUAUGUAUGUAAAUAUGGUUUAAUAUUAGAUGUUAUUGUUUAGUAAUUUAUUGAAUGCUGGUCAUAAUAUCGAUAAUGCUUUAUACAAAAAAAAAAAAAAAAUUGUUGCUCUAAAUUCAAAAAUAGAAUGUUAUUCCAUGUUUACAAAGUUAAAUGUCAGUGGGACGUCGAUAAGGCAAAUAACUUGAACAAAACCAUAGAUAAUAAAACUUGUAUAGUAGCGAUUUUUGUAUGAAAAAUUUACAGCAGCUUAUGUGGUUCAAAAAAUAGUCAUCCAAUAAUACAUAGAUAUCAGAGUAUCAAGACACACCUAUACCUCAUCUAUGGCAAUGUACUAGGGCAUAGGAAUUGCGAGAGGCACAAUAUCUUCUAUGAUGUAUAUGGCUAUACAUGGCGGUUACCACUUCCAUCAGGCGGUCUUUAAGCUCUUUUAUUUUUAAAAUAAUCUUUUUCUUUUUUAAAUAUGUAGAUAGGUAAAAAAAUCUUUUUAUUUAAUAAUUCUAUUUAAAUAGAUAGCAAAUUCUAGAAUACCGCCGCUAAAUUGCGCGUCUUUAUAUAUCAAAAGUUUCAGGAUCUUGGUUAUUAUAUCGGCCUCCUUAUAUCGACUCUUAGAUGGGGGAGGUCUUUCAUUAGUUAUGUGUCAAAUCGUUAAAAAUGUAUAUCCGCGGAUAUAAAAGGAUAAUUAGUAAUUAGAUCCGCGGAUACGGAUAUAGAUACGGAUCUUUACCUUUUUACUCAGAUAGUUUUUUUUACUGAAUGAUAAUAAAAUGUUACCCCCAUCUCUUCGCUAUCAAUAUCAACAUUUAAGGGACAUUAGUGAAGGAUGGUAGGUUUUUUUUUUUUAAUUUAGUAUAAUACGGAACAGCAUGUAUUAAAUUUGUAUAUUCACAAUACUAUUUAGAAUUAAAACAAUAUUCACAAGAAUUUUAAGUUGAGCUCCUUGCAAUCUAUUCUCCAUCUAUCUCUGCUCACAGCUUCACGAGAGUUUCACAUAUGUGAUGACAUUUGACGAGGUAAAAGAUCCGUCCAAGAACCGCCAAAAAAUAGCAGAUAAGAA